AUGGCGAAGCCCAAGGCCGACAAGGACGGCUGGGUGGACCAGCCACGCGGGCGCCGAGCUCAGCGGCAGGCCCGCAGUGCAGCCUCGCGUGCGGCAUCCACCAAGUCGCAGACCUCGGCUUCAGCGGCGAGCGGGGCGCCCAGCGGCGGUGGCAUCACGGCGAUCGAGAGGCUGCAGGCGACGGUCGAGCAGCUGGAGGCGCUGCAGGCGGGGCCGCCCGACGGCGUCGACAGCUGCUUCACCGACGUCGCGGCCAACCAGCUGGAGGCGAAGCGGGCAGAGUUGGCCAGGGCCCAGCGGGAGGCAGCGGAGCAGAAGGCCUCCACCAUGCGGCGGUCGACUCUGCUGCACAAGGAGGCAAACGCCAUCAGCAAGGCGGAGAAGCGGCUCCGCUCGGCCCGCCAGGUCCUUGAGCAGAAGCAGGCUGCGCGGGACCUCGCGGAGGUCCAGCUCCAGAAGGCCCAGGAGGAGCUCGCGGCGCUCGACGGCGAGGUGGAGGAGGCCAGCAGGGCGCUCCAGGUCCUCGAGGAAGCAGCCCGUGAGGAGGCAGAGGCGCGGCAGCGCCAGCGCGCAGCCGAGUGGGCUGGGGCCAGCCAGGUACCAGGGCUCCUCACGCAGCUGGACAAGCUGCCAGAAGCUUCGGGCUCCAGCAACUUCGAGGUGGCAUGGGCAGCCAUUCGCGCCCAGAUGGAGGCGGUGCGGGCGCAGCUCGCAGGGCCCCCGUCGGCCCCCAAGCGAGCGCCGUGGGCUGAGUCCUGCCCCAUGGACGAGACCAGCAGCGACGAUGGCGAUCUCGCAGGCAGCAGCGGCCCCUGGCAGCCGCAGCCCGCCGCGGACCGUGGCCAAGCAGAGCGGCAUGGCAGCGCGCAUGGCGAGUGGCCGCAGGAUCGCAGCCAGGGCGGACGAGCGCGUAGCGAGGCCAGUGCGGCGGGACCACGCCUGCACGUGUGCAGCAGCGCCGAGGUUGCCCGCUCUGGCAGCAAGCGGCCACACGACCUCGGGAGCGAGCCUGCCCCGCCGGCGCCAGGCCAGGCCACGGCGGCGGCUCAGGGCGUCCGCUGCGGGCUGGAGGUACUUGGGGUAUACGGCGACGCCAGGAGGUGGAGCAUGGAGGUGAUCGAGGCCUCCGUCAGUCGGCACGGAGCCAGGCCCCACCCGGUGCGGCUCCAGGAGGCUUGCGUCGCCCCGCGCCGCCCAGAGGAGGCCAGAGGGGCUACGCGCCGCAUGGAGCACGCGGUCUUCCUCCACCCGUUCGCGCCCUCGGACAUCGAGGGCCCACUGGUGGAGUCAGGCAGCUUCGCGGCUUUGGUUUGCUGCGCCCUGCGGGCAGCGGAGGUAGCACGGCAGGCCCCGAGCGACCUCAAGCAUCGCAUGAUAGAGGUCACCGUGUCCACCGCAUCUGGCCUGGGGCGGCUGGCCUGCUCGCAGAUGCGCGGCCUGGACCUCCUGGCAGCCUAUGAGGUGCAGCCCCAGCCCCUGGGCGCCCAGGCAGCCAUGAUGGUCUUCAUUCCCAUGUCGGAUGGAGGAGUUCGACCGAUCGCGUUCGUCCCACUGCUCAUGCGCAGCUGGAGCAGCCUGAGGCAGCCUAUCGGCGCGCUGUGGGAGGUGGAGCGCGACCACUGCUGCCUUGGGGGCAAGGCGGACUGCGAGUACGAGAAGGCAGGUGGACUGCACAACGCAUAUGCCGCGUUCGCGCGUGAGAGCGGGUGUGCCUCCGCCAGCCUCUGCCUAGGCAUCACCAAGCUCUACGUGAACCUGCGGCACGACUUCCUGUGUCUGCUCGUGCUCUACCAGAGGCCGCGUAUCCUCUGCUUCGUAGGCCUGGCCACCGAGUCGUUCACCCCCAAACCAGGCAGCGCUGGGCUGGAAGUGGCUCGCCUCCUCCGUGAUCAGCUUCUUCCCCUCAGUGCGGCCAAGACCACCUUCCUCGCCUCGAGCCCCAGCGGUGUGCGGCAGCUUGGCGAGUACUGGAAGACGCAGGGCUGGACUUUCUGCAAGACCGCGCAGGUCAGGAACCUCAGCACGGGUGCCACCAUCGCGAGGCAGGGGGUGCAUGAGGGCCGAGUACGAGCUCCUGGAGCCCUACACCGUGCGCGCAGGCUGGGCUGCCUCCGCGCCGCCGCGGGAGUGGAGCUGGACCUGAUCCACAAGGCGGGGCCCGCGGCCUGCAUGGGGUGGGGCCGCACGGUCAUGGGCAUCGCGGACAGAGUGCUUCACAGCUGGAGGCCUGCUGCAGGCCGCAGCGCAAGGACGCUCCACCUUGGCGCGGCGCUGGGGCUGUGCAUGAGCGGCGCCGAGCGGAGGCGCAGGCGUGACCUCGAUCCAGCGGUCUUCUCGGCCAGCAACGCGGUCCAGAUGCUGGCGGGCCAGAGGCAGUCAGGCGAGCUGCCGCUCAGAAUGGUGGCUCGGGGGCUGGAGGAGGCUGCAACAAGGGGCGCUAGUGCCGCCACUUGGAAGCGCCGUGCCUCGCCCAUCGACGCAGUGGCGUGGACCCUGGCGCAGAUCGAUUGGCACUCCAAGUCGGAGCGGUGCCUGGUCGCGGAUCGAGGCGACGAGCUCGAUCCCAUGCUCCUCGAGCUUCGAGAGGACACAGAUGCUGGCCUCGGAGCUCGGCAGGCCUCCGACCGCCAUGAGAUGCAGAAGCUCAGCCGCGACCCCCCCAUGCAGCGGCCGCCCUGCUCCAAGCGCGGCGAGUGCAUGGUGCGGGGCGCUUGCUCAGGAGUGAAGCCUCGCCUGAAGGCGCGGAGCCCAGGCAGCAGGACCGACAAGUCUGGCAGGAACCUGCGCAGCCUGCGGGAGAAGGGGCCCCAUCUUGGGGGCUGGCCGAGAGCGGGCAAGCAGAGAGUGAAGGGAGAAGGCAUCCCUGCACUGCGCGCUCGAGGGCAAGUGCCAGGACACGCCCAGGAGCGCUGCCUGGAGUGGCUCGGCAUCGAGGUGGUGCCAGCAG